AUGUUGGCCCCGCGACUUCUUGUACCUAUUCUCUUGUUUUCAAUAGCCGAAGCUGUCGAAGAGACGGUUAACGUAGGCUACUCUGUUUAUAAAGGACAAGCUCUUUCAAAUGGCGUAAGCCAGUGGCUGGGAAUUCGAUACGCAGCACCGCCGUUGGGUGAGUUGCGAUUUGCGCCGCCACAGGAUCCUCCUCAUACAGAAGGCGUACAAGAUGCCACACAGCAUGGGAAAUACUGUCUUGGGACUGGCCGUUCCCCCACAGAUACGGAUACAUCAGAGGACUGUUUGUUCUUAGAUGUGCAGGCUCCAACAUCAGCCACGGCCGGUGCGAAACUUCCCGUAUUCCUCUACAUCCAAGGCGGCGGCUUCAGUCUCAAUUCGAAUCCCAACACAAAUGCAUCGGGUCUAAUAAUAAACAGCGGCCACGCCAUUGUCGUUGUGAGCCUCAACUAUCGCGUUGGUCCAUACGGCUUCAUGACAGACUGCGAUAAAAUCCUUCCCAACAAUGGCCUCCGUGAUCAGCGAAAGGUCUUGGAGUGGGUGCAGAAGCAUAUUUCUCGAUUUGGCGGCGACCCAAACCACGUUACUCUUGGUGGAAGCAGUGCCGGAGCAGCCAGCGUGACAUUUCAUCUAGCCGCCAAUAACGGUACUGACCAAGGGUUCUUUCAUGCCGCCAUUGCUGAAUCUCCUUCCUUUGCUUCGACUCUCUCAGUUACUCAAUCCCAGUACAUGUAUACACAAUUUGCAACUCGCGUAGGCUGUGUCGGUAAAGACAACCUCGCCUGUAUGCGCAACAAGACAGCUGUGGAGCUUCAGACAAACAACUUCAAUAUUCCUUUGCCGGGUGCUUCCAAGCCACCCAACUAUAUGUGGCUGCCUGUGCUCGACCGAGAAUUUGUACAAGACUUCUCCUAUCGAGUAUUUCAAAAGGGGAAGUUCGUUAAAGUGCCAACCAUCUAUGGCGACGAUACCAACGGAGGGACCAAAUUUGCUCCUAAAGAUACAGCCACCCUCCAGCAGAGCAAUAACUACGUGCUAGAUCAAUACCCUGAUCUCACUUUGAACAUGCUUGGGCAAAUCAAUGAGAUGUACCCUAAUCCAAACAACAGCUGUCCGGCUAUCGGCUGCUAUUGGAGGCAUGCCAGCAACGUGUACCAAGAGGCCCGUUACAUGUGCCCAGGUAUGUAUGUCAGCUCGGUGGUCACGAAGCACGGUAAAAAUGCUUGGGUAUAUCGAUGGAACGUUGAGGAUCCUGACCAGAUGGCCUCUGGACUGGGCGUUCCUCAUACUGUCGAGUUAGCUGCUCUUUGGGGUGCUGAUUAUUUCCCCGAUCCGCCGGCGAGCUACCGCGAUGGCCAGAUCAAUGCCAAUGCUUCGCGCGCUAUGCAGCACUAUUGGUUGAACUUUAUCAAAUACUACAACCCCAAUGGGCGGCCCGUCGACUCUUCCAGCAACUAUACCAAGUGGGAGGCGUGGGCAGACAACGCUCAAAGUCGUCUCACGUUUCAAACCGGGGGCCUGACGGAAAUGAUCUUCGUUGAUUCAGGUUUGAAGCGGCGGUGUGAAUUUUGGUCUACAAACGGUAUCGCAUUGACUAUAAAUUUACUCGAAAUGUCCAAGCCUUACAUGCUAUGGGUUGGCGGCAAAGAAGUGGCGGGCACCGGUGAGCCCAUAGCUGUUGAGAACCCAGCAAAAACGGCAAUAUUUGCAGAAUGCCAUUCCGCAUCACCUCAAGAUGUCGACGACGCUGUUCAGCUUGCUCAUAAAGUCUUCAAAUCUGGAGUUUGGGCCAAAGCUCCUCGACACACACGAGCUGACGUGUUGGAUAAAGCAGCCGACCUUCUCGCUUCGAGGCUUUCUGUGCUAAUCCCCCUGGAGGUGGAACAGACGGGAAGAGCCAUCAGAGAGAUGCAGGCCCAAGUCCCAUCUCUGGUUCGCUGGUUUCGCUACUUUGCUGCCGUGCUUCGUACUGAAGAGCGUCCCGUCCUACCAACGAUGGGAAAGCUGCAUAACUGGAUAGAGCGGGUUCCCCUCGGCGUCGUUGUUCAGAUCACUCCGUUCAACCAUCCUUUGCUCAUCGCAGUCAAAAAACUUGCCCCUGCUCUAGCGGCAGGGAACAGCGUUGUGCUGAAGCCGAGCGAGCUCACGCCUCUCACGAGUUUACUACUAGGGCCAAUUUUGAAAGAAGCAGGGCUUCCAGACGGCGUUUUCAACGUUCUGCCCGGCCUUGGAGCUACAACAGGACGUGACCUUGUAAGUCAUCCGCUUGUCCGGAAAGUCGACAUUACCGGAGGAACAGUUGCCGGAAGAGCAAUUGGUUCAAUUGUCGGUAAUAACUUGGCACGCUACAAUGCAGAGCUAGGCGGAAAGGCACCCUUGAUUGUGUUCGAAAAAGCGAAUCUUGAAGUCGCUGUCAAUGGCGUCGCAUUCGGGUCAUUCAUCGCGACGGGCCAGACUUGCGUUGCAGCCACACGGAUCAUUAUUCACAAUAGUAUUCUCGCAACUGUAGAAGAGAAGCUUUCUCAAAAAGCCAAAUCCAUUGCGCGACGUAUGGGCUCACCUACAAACACAAAUUCAGCAAUGGGCCCUCUGAUUUCAUCUAAACAGCUGGGAAACGUCGUUGGCCUCGUUGACGAUGCUGUUGCGAAUGGCGCGAGGGUUGUUUGCGGCGGAAAGAGAAUGACUGGUAUUUCUGAAGUCGAUGGCACGAAUUUUGCCGAGGGCUACUUUUUCCCACCAACAAUCUUGGCUUCCAGUCCCGAAUGCGAUAUUACCAAGACGAGUAUCUGGCGCGAAGAGGCGUUUGGUCCAGUCAUUCUGCUUGUUGGGUUUGAGAGCGAACAAGAAGCGCUGAAACUCGCCAACGAUAGCGAGUUCGGCCUGGGAGCGGCGCUGUGGACCGAUGAUCUGAGCCAAGCUUUCAGGGUCUCUGAGCAGAUCGAAUCUGGCAUUGUCUGGGUGAACACGCACCAUCGGAAUGACCCGAGCAGCCCAUGGGGUGGAGCAACUACUGCCAGCGGCGUGGGAAGUGAAAAUGGAGUUGAGGCAUAUUACGCGUAUACAACGACGAAAAGUAUCAUUAUCAAUUAUGCUGCCGGGGAUGAGGCCGCAGCAGACGAUUGGUUUAGAGAAGACGGUGCUCAGGUUCGUUACGGAUAA